AUGCUGAGCCUCCUAACUGAGGCUCAGAAGCAACCGCUGAGUUCACUUGGUGCGUCACUCAAGGCUCGGCUACUAGCUAUCUGCUUUGCAGCGAUCCAAAGCCUGGAACCUCAUCGAUGUCUUGCCUUAUUUGGCGAGUCGGUCCAGCGGAUGACAGCCGAGUCGCGCCGAGCAGUCCUCGCCGCACUUUCGCAGGCUGGCCUGAUGGAAACGCACGACAUUUGUGUCCUUCAGGCCUUUACUUUAUUUCUAUCCUCUAGGUUGACUGAUGCGUCUUUGCCUGCCACUUGCCAGGCGUGCUGCCGACGUGAUGGAUCAAGUUACACCUGGGUAAUGGUAGGGCUAGCUCUCCGUAUCGCGACGUCUCUCGGCUUGCAUCGUGAUGGGUUAGAUCAUAACCUCCCACCUUUCGAGAUUGAGAUGCGCCGUCGGCUGUGGUGGGAGCUAUGUGCUCUCAAUAUCCGUACGUCAGAAGAUCGUGGAGCGGUGGCGAGUGCCUAUACAGACUCAAACACACGUUUACCUCUCAACAUUAUGGACUCGGACCUAGAUGCUUCGGCGGAAAUCCUUCCAGCUAGGCGCGAUGGGCCGACAGAGAUGCUCUUCAGCAUCAUGAGAUUCGACAUAUGUUCUCGACGAGCAGCACCAUCAUGCACGUCUUCUGUCAUGGUACCGCUUUGCGGCUCCAUAGGCGGUCAGGGGAGAGGGAACGAAGAGUUGAAUGAAUACAUGGCCAGCAACUAUUCAAGGGCCUUUGCCCAAGAUAGCUCCUUGCCCUUCUUCCGCCUUGCUGGGGAGACGAGUCGGAUGCUGCGGCAGAAGCUCGACCUCCAGACAUACUUCAGUUCGGUCCACCGAGAGCAGUGGCUGCGAGGCGAGCGCAUCGGGGUCGACGUUAGCAAUGAUAAUUCCCAGUGUGAUGACCUCUUCCACUCUGCAGUCAAGCUUCUGGAAGACCAUGCUCGGUUGAUGGCGGAGAGUGCAUUUUCCAAUUGGAAGUGGUAUCUGCACCAGCUGACGCAGUGGCAUGCCGUCUCGUUCGUCUUGUCUCAGCUACGGGCUAGAAUCGACGGCCUCGCAGAGCGAGGACUCCUCCAACUACCUAUAGCUAUCAGUUGUCUCCCAGAGAAGCUUAGGCGUGCCUGGCGAGCCGUCGAGUUGGUCAUCACCGAGCAUGAGAGUCACAGUCAAGCUCGAGGUUUGUGUGGCCAAAACCCAGACGAGUACUGGGGCCCGCUUCAUCACCUGCGGCAACAAGUAGAGCUAAAACUCAACCUCGAUGACCACUACCAAGCUCAUAUCCAGUCGAAUCACAGCGGUAGUCACGAGUGCGCUGAACUGGGAUGGAUAUGGAAUCAGGAUGGUUUUCUAUAUCUUGAUGAGACCUUCUCCCUCGCUGCAGAACAGGAUGACUUCUCAAUCCCAUGA